UGCAUUUCCUGGUCUGAGGAGAGCAGACUGCAGCUGAGUUAUGCUUCCCAUCUCUUGGCUGUGUUCUUGCUUCUUUGAAACACAGAUCCUUGUAUACUUAUCGCUCUUUGGACUAGCCACUAUUGCCAUCCAUACAAGGCUGAGAAACAAACAUGUUGUGUUUGAUCCACGGGGAAGAACAGUGCUCAUAACAGGCUGCGAUUCAGGGUUUGGAAACCAGCUGGCACACCGUCUACUUGAUAUGGGCUUCACAGUCUUUGCUACCUGCCUGUUUCCAGAUGGAGAAGGAGCUCAAUCCCUGAUAACGCAUGCAUCCCCCGGGCAGGUGAAAGUCAUAAGACUGGAUGUAACCAGUGAUAAGGAGGUGGAACAGGUGAAACAGUACGUGCUGGAUAACCUCCCUGAUAAAGGGCUGUGGGGACUUGUGAACAAUGCUGGUAUAUGCACGUGGGGAAUGGUGGAAUGGCUAACAAUAGAGAAAUUCCAGAGAUUUCUUGAUGUCAACCUGCUAGGAGGCAUAAGGACCACCUUGGCUUUUGCUCCACUCAUCAGAAAAACCAAAGGUCGCAUGGUGUUUUUAUCAAGCAUGAGUGCAUAUGUAAGCUCUAUGAACAGCAUAUAUUCACUGACUAAAGCUGCGCUGGAGAAGUUCUGCGAUUCCCUUCGUCUAGAAAUGAAUCAGUUUGGAGUGAAGGUAUGUAUUAUUGAGCCUGGCAAUUAUACUCCAGCCACAAAUCUCCAACCCCAUGAUAAUGCAGAAAAACUCUGGGAUUCCCUUCCUGCAGAGGCAAAGAAGAUCUACAGUAAGGAGUUCAUAGAAGGUGCAACAUACUUAGUAAAUAAGACACUUGAUGACGGCAGCAAAAACAGCUAUGAGGUUGUGGACGCCAUUGUAGAUGCUCUCACAUCACCUACUCCAAAAGCUCGUUAUCUCGUUGCCAACUUUGUAGAAAAGGUUCUUGUUUACUUAUAUUUAUGGCUUCCAACACUUCUUUUUGAUAAAACUUUAUCUAUAAUAUAUUAAUUAUUAAAUAUGGGGUUGUCCCACGAAAAAUAUUCUACAGUUUUCAAACUUGUGUAAUUGCGUGUAAUUAAAUCUUUAGCAUAGCCACUGAGUUAUUCAAUAAAAUGUAUCUGUAUAGCGCCA